AGAUAGGUCUUGUCCCCCCCCCCCAAAAAAAAAGAGCAAUUGUGGCAGGUAAACAACCUGAAGAGACGCAGGUGUGAAAAUGAACAGCCUAAUUCCAUCCGACUUAAGGUCCGAGGUCAAGAAAGUCACCAAGAUCCUCAGAGGGUUCACUGAAAUCUCUUCCGGGAAUGGGCCGGACAAACUGAUCCCAGCUCAAGUGAUCGCGUCAGCUGAGGGGCUCGCCAUCAUCUCAGUGGUGAAGGCGGGUUUUGUGAUUACAGCAAGAGGAGGCAGCGGCAUCGUUAUUGCCAGGCUGGCUGACAGACGCUGGUCAGCUCCUUCUGCGAUCGCCAUCGCCGGCCUGGGCGGCGGCUUCGAGAUUGGCGUUGAGAUUUCAGAUCUGGUGAUUGUCCUCAAUCAUCGGCGGGCCAUUGACGCAUUCACCAAGGGCGGGAACCUGACGCUGGGAGGGAACUUAACGGUCGCUGUGGGUCCGAUGGGCAGGAACGUGGAGGCCGACGUUACUCUUCGCAAUAUGGCCGCAGUCUACACCUACUGCAAGUCCAGAGGCUUGUUUGCCGGCUUGUCUCUGGAGGGCUCGUACCUGAUGGAACGUAAAGACACCAACCGCAAGUUCUACUCUCAGGAUUUGCGAGCGUCGGGCAUUUUGAAUGGCGACGUGGAGCCGCCUCAGGAGUGCGAAGACCUCUACGAUAUCUUAAAUCGCUACACCGAGGCCAAUGUGACAGAAUGGAGCAGCAAGAAUGUGACCACGAAGCCGUCGCGUCCUCCAGCCAGACCUCCAGUGCCUACUACUCAGCAAGCUGCAAGAACCACCCAGAACCUGUCCAAUCCCGGUGCAGUAGGUAAAAAGUCACUUUACCCAAGUAUUUCUAUCUACAAAUCUGACACUUCAAGUCAGAUUCCUUCCAGAAGAGCUCCAAACUUGGAAGGCGAAAAGCAAGCGGGCGAGACCCUGGUGGUCACUGCGGUCCACGCAUUCGCCGGUCAGCAGCCUGGUGACUUGAGCUUCCAACCUGGCGACCGCAUCACCAUCCUCACCAAGACCGACAACCAGUACGACUGGUGGGAGGGCCAAGUGGACGGGCGAAAGGGCAUCUUCCCUGCAAACUAUGUUACAUACUGACCGCUGACAGAUGACGUCUGGCGUGAGAACGCCAGCCACCGAUACGUAGCUUUGGGUACUAUGGAAAACCAUUUGCGCAUUUGUUUGAUUUCCUCAAUAUCCAGCUUUACACUAGUAAGACAAUUCAUGCAGUGACUUUCUUUCUGGUAAAAUUACUAGUGCCACCUUUGGCCUACAAGUAAACCAUGGAAAGUAGUUUGUGCAUGUAUCCAAUAUGAAAUAAUGCUCAGAUGUUUCUGAAAGCCAUGUCCAGAUACAAGUAUUGUGUUUUGUCCUUUUUGAGUAACACAAUUCAGUGCACCAUUAUAACUUUUUCACACUACUGUUUUCCCCCCAACUAGUGUCACUUUUGUCUUACUAGUAAAAAAAGGAAAUUUAUUUUACAUCCAUCUUAAUGUCAAUGUACUAGUAAACAAUUUGUCCUCACUAGUAAGACAGUUCAAUGUAGUAGUGGAACAACUAUGGCAUAGUUUUUCGCCCUACUAGUGCCACUUUCGGCCUUCUAGUAAACUCAAACCGAUUUUGAGCUUUUGUUUGAUAUCCAACUUAAUUUCCAUGUAGUACCGUCGUUCUUCUGCGUUCGUAAAGUGGGUUUUUCCCCAAUACUGUCUGUUACUAUAUAUGAGUAAACACAAAUUGAACCACAUCUUAAUAGUGAGGCAAAAUUAUACACUAGUUCACAGCGGCAUGUAAAAUUUGGCUCAUGUCUAAUGCUUCACUAGUAGUACACAGUUAAUCAGUGGACAAUUUUACAUCAGUAAGUUGUACGACUAUGAAGAAAAAAAGUAAAAAAUAACUACGCACUGAAUUCUGUUGUCAGGACUACAAGUGUAAGUCAUGCUAUAUUGUUGCAGAACGACAGGUCAAAUGUAUUUAUUAGGCACAAAUCAUCUCUCUCAGACAUU